AUGAAUUCCCCAAUUGCUCUAUUGUUCUUCGCACUGCUCCUGAUCAGUCCUUUGUGCUUCGGGUAUACUGAUGAAGAACGUGAGGCCGAUCGUCUUAGGGUGGCUGAAAUUAUCCGAACCUCCCAGGACGCAGAUGCCAAAAUCGGUAACACCCAGGAAUUGCUUGACAUCUAUAAACGUUUAGCUCCAACUUUGUCGGCUGAAGACAGGGAGCAAAUUGAGAGCCUAAUUAAGGAGCAUACUGAUGAAAUAUUAUUCGAUGGAGUUCCGAGUCAAGGCGGACGGAAGACCAAGUACGUUGGCAAGGUCCUUACUCCAGUUGCGAGGGACCUGGCUUCUGGAUUCUUUCAAGAGCUCGGUGCUAGCAUUGCCAGAUUAUUCAGUGGUUAAUGUCAUUGAAAAGUAAUUCAAAAAUAUAUUUUUGCAUAACA